AACAAUUCAGACAAAACAAUACUCCACCCAGUUAUAUUUAAAAAUUCCUACACCUGUAAACGACGAAUUUUCCAGUUACAUUUAAUGUUACAUAGUAACAUAAAUAAUUAACAUCGUCGACAAUCGUGAUCAUUAUUCAUUAUGAUUUUUUCGUUUAAUUAAUCGUCCAAUUAUUGCGUUUCGUUUUCUAUUAAUUUUUUUUUUCUUUAAAACAUUGUUUUUUUUUAAAUGUGUGUUAAAGUCCGAAAAAGUGCUUAAACAAAAAAAAAUAUGUUUCGCUUGAUGUAUUUGUUGUUUAUGUUCGUCUGUUGGACGAACGCCCAGUACGAAUGGCAACCUAAAGAUGCUGUGGAUGAAAUUCGGCUUAAGUUAGACAAAAUAAAUUCUGAAAACUGCGGUUUUCAACCAUUGAGUGAGAUAUAUUUACCCGAAGAUACCGUGUCGCAUAUACCGGAUAUAAAAGAUGUCGUGAUCAAUCCUGUAUUCCCCAAUCGUACGGCUUUGCUGCAUUUAAGCAACAUGGCAUUAAAUAGAGGAUUUUUCUUUAGUUAUAUAUCACAAGCCAGAUUUAUAAGACCAGCAAUCAAUGAUACAUACGAUCCAGGUAUGAUGUAUUAUUUCUUAUCGACAGUUGCUGAUGUGUCAGCUAAUUCUCACAUUAACGCCAGUGCUAUAUAUUUUGCACCAAACAUGUCUUAUUCCCCAUCUUACAGAGGAUUUUUCAAUAAGACAUUUCCGUAUUUUGCUCCCAGGACAUUUCGAGCUGAUGAUUUUAAUGAUCCUAUACAUUUGGAAAAAAUGUCAACCUUAAAUACGUUUACUGUCAGAGAUUUGGGUGCAUUUUCUAAUGAAAGUCUUACAAAAGAUUAUACAUCAAAACAUUAUGGAACUAAUGAAUGGUAUUCAAAAUGGCUUCCUGAUAAUGUUGUUGGGCGCCAUGAUACUAAGACUACUUACCAGGUAGAAAUUCGUUAUGCCAAUAACACAAAUGAAACACACACAUUCCAUGGACCACCUGGGGCUGAUGAUAUUCCUGGUCCAAUCAAAUGGACAAGACCAUAUUUUGAUUGUGGACGUAGUAACAAAUGGUUAGUAGCAGCUGUUGUACCAAUUGCUGACAUAUAUCCUCGACAUACUGGAUUUCGACAUGUUGAAUACCCUACUUAUACAGCGGUAUCAGUAAUAGAAAUGGAUUUUGAGCGAAUAGAUAUUAAUCAAUGUCCUAUAAGUGCAGGAAAUUCUGGUCCUAAUCGUUUUGCAGAUACAGCAAAAUGUAAAGAAGAAACUACACUAUGUGAACCAUUGGAUGGGUGGGGUUUUCGGCGAGGUGGUUAUCAAUGUCGAUGUUUACCUGGUUAUCGAUUGGGAAAUACAGUUCGUCGUCCAUUCCUUGGAGAAAUUAUAGAACGGGCUACACUUGAACAAUAUUACAGUGGAGUAUUUGACUGUAAACGGAUUGGAUGGCUUCAAAGUAAAAUUGUUUUCCCAAGUCAAAUGGAUCCAUAUCUUCGUGAACAAUAUUUAGAAAAAAAUUCUGAGUACAAAAACUUUACUCCAGGAUUAGGAUCUGUUAAAGAUUCACAUAUUAAUAUCCAUGAAGUUAUCAAUGCCAUACGAGGAGUAAAUCCAAAUAAUUGCCAUAAUUAUCGAAAAGAAGACUUACAACUAUUAGGUGACUAUGGAUUUGGAGCACAUCAGCAAUUUGCUAAUGAAGCUAAAAUGGCUGUUCGCCUUGCUAACUUUAUUAGUGCAUUUUUACAAAUAUCUGAUCCAAAAGAAGUUUACUCUGGUACACGAUUGGCUGACAAGCAUUUAUCUGAAGAUCAAAUGAUUGGAGAAGCAUUGGCUAUUGUAAUGGCAGAUUUUAAAAUAUGGUCAGCUGGUAUAUUUUGGGAUACGAAUAAAUUUCCCAAUCGUACUUUAUUUGCUCCAUAUGCUUAUAAAACAGUAAAUUAUGGUCGUAAGGUCUUUGUUGAAGAUUUAGCCAGAUUAAACAAGUCUGAUGAAGUAUAUACAAAUAAAGAAUGGUUUACUUUUACAAAACAACGAUGGUCUACUAAUUUUGAUAGUUUAGAAAAGUUUUAUGUCAAGUUAAAAUUACGAUAUACUGAAGAAGGAGGACAUUUGAACAAAUUUGAAUAUUAUCCUACAUUUUAUAAAGCUGCAAAUUUGGAUCAUGGUUAUUGGUCAGCUCCUUAUUAUGAUUGUAACGGUCCUGCAAAAGAUUGGUUCAUUCGUUACGCUGUUCCAUUCUUUGGCUGGGAUAGUCUUAAGGUUAAAUUGGAAUUUAAAGGAGCAAUUACAGUGACUAUGCCACUUUUGAAUUUGGACAUAAAUCAGUGUCCUCAAAAAUUUUAUGAUCCCAAUGCAUUUAAAGGAACACAUAAAUGCGAUCAACGCAGUUCAUACUGUGUACCAAUACAAGGGCGUGGUUACGACACUGGUGGUUACAAAUGCGAAUGUAUACAAGGUUAUGAAUUUCCAUUUGAGGAAGAAGAUUUCACUUAUUUUGAUGGCCAAAUGAUGGAAGAUGAAUUUAUGCAUAUGUUACAUAACAAUAAAACUAGGUAUGAUACUUUCAAAUGUCGUAUAGCUGGAGCUGCACUUCCUCUUAGUAAUGUUUUUUAUGUUAUGGCAUUAGUUUUAUGUAGUUUAUUAAUGUGGGCUAAAUAACUAUUAUGCAAAUUAGACUGAUGUGUUGUAUCAAAAAUAUAUUAUUUAAUUAUGUUUUUAAGUUAAAUGGAUAUUUACAAAUUACUUAAAGUUAUAACAUUUCAAUUAUUUUAUUUUUAAUUUCAAUCAAUUUUGACUGAAUCUCUUGUUUUGAAACUCAUCAAUUUGACAUUAAUAUUCUGAGUAGAAUUAAGUUUUUACACAUAUAUGAUAUUUUUAAAGGAUUUUUAAUGUAUUUUUAUUUGUACUUUCUUAAAAUGAAUAAUACUUAAUUUUUAGUUAUUUUUAUCCUGUUUUAUAACUAACAGAUGCAGUGCAUAUGUUAUGUUCAAACUAAAUCCGUCCAUUAAAUGUGAUCAAAUAGUAAUUUUAACUAUGUAAAUGUUAAUAAUUAAGUUUUUAAUUUUUAUAUGAUAUUCUCAUUAAUUUCGUUGGAAACACAUCAGUAUUUUAUUUUUUGUGAG